AUGGAAAGGAAAAGAAAAGCAUUAGUUAUAGCUGAUCUUGUUCUGGCCGUGGACGAUGAAGACGAACAAAUUAAAAAAAGGAAAUGGUCAAAGCAGUGGUUAUUGGAGAGGAGAAAAUAUUCACAUAUGAAUUUGUUACAUGAGCUUCAAUCAAAUGAACCUGCAGAUUUUAAAAACUAUUUACGUAUGGAAAAUCAUACAUUUCAUGAGUUGUUGGAUCUAGUUAGACCGUUUAUAGAAAAACAAAAUACUAUAAUGCGAGAAAGUAUUUCUGCGGAAGAGCGUUUAGUAGCAACAUUGCGAUUUUUGGCAACUGGUAGAAGCUAUGAAGAUCUUAAGUUUUCAUGUGCAAUAUCUGCUCAAGCUCUGGGAAAAAUCAUUCCUGAAACUUGUUGGGCUAUAUAUGAAGUAUUAAAACAGAAAUAUUUAAAGAUACCAAAAACAGAAAUAGAAUGGAAGCAAAUGGCAAAGGAUUUCAAAAUGUUAUGGGAUUUCGAUAACUGCCUAGGAGCAAUUGACGGGAAACAUGUGUUGAUCACAAAACCACCACUAAAUAGUGGAUCAUAUUAUUUUAAUUAUAAAGGGACAUUUAGUGUAGUACUUCUAGCAGUGGUGAAUGCAAAUCUUGAAUUUAUUUAUGUGCAUUGUGGUACAAAUGGACGAGUUUCCGAUGCCGGAGUUUUAAAAGAAACUGAUCUAUACCGGUCAUUAGAAAACAACGAGUUAAAAAUUCCUCCACCUCAAAGUCCACCAAAAGUUGGAUAUAAGCUACCGUUUGUUUUCAUUGGUGACGAAGCAUUUCCUCUCAUGGAAAAUUUAAUGAAACCGUACGGAAAACAUAUCGCAGGUCAUGAUGAAUACAUAUUUAAUUACAGACUUUCUAGAGCGCGACGGGUUGUUGAAAACGCUUUUGGUAUUUUGGUUACAAGAUUUCGAGUUUUCUUAUUACCAUUAAACAUUAGUGUUGAAAACGUUGAUGCAGUUGUAAUGGCGAGCUGUGUAUUACAUAAUUUUUUACGUAAAAAAUCUAGGCAAUGGCGUCAAAUUGGUGAAAUGGUUGCUCUACAACGGUCUUUAAGUUAUACACCUCAAGAUGCCAAACUUGUAAGAGAUAAGUACAAGGAAUAUUUUAACAACGAAGGAAAAGUAUCUUUCCAAGAAAAUAUGAUACAUUACAGAUAA